AUGCCAGUCUACAAAAAAGUUCGCCUCAUCGGUUCAGGGUCUUUCGGCCGAGCGUAUCUCGUUCGAGACAAGGACGACGCACAGAAACUAUACGUCAUGAAGCUGAUCGACAUCUCACAAAUGGAUGGCAAGACUAGAGAAGACACCUUCAAUGAAGCAAAGGUCCUCUCGACGCUCAAGCCUCAUCCUUUCAUCGUGCGAUACCACCAGAGUUACAUCUAUGAAGACCACUUGUGCAUCAUUAUGGACUUCGCUGCUGGUGGAGACAUUGCAGCUCGGAUUAAAGAGCAGAAGAAAACCGGCCAGAGAUUCGACGAGAACCUGAUUAAACGAUGGAUCGCCCAGGCUUCUCUCGGCCUAAACUAUUUACACAGCAUGCAUAUUCUCCAUCGAGACUUGAAGCCACAGAAUCUCUUUUUGACGGCAAACGAUGACCUGCAGAUCGGAGAUUUUGGAAUCGCCAAGAUGCUCGGGUCUCCGGCUGCAUGCGCACAAACAACAAUCGGCACGCCCUAUUACCUGAGUCCAGAAAUCUGCAAAGGGCAGAGCUACUCGCUUCCAUCAGACAUUUGGUCCCUCGGAUGCAUUCUCUACGAACUCGCUUCCUUGACCGUUCCCUUCCAUGCGAAUGAUUUGAAGGGUUUGGUAGACGCCAUCUCCAAGCUCCCUGAGGAAAUUGAUAAAAUCAAAGCAAAGAGAAGAAAUUCCGCCAGCGUUGGUGUGCUCCCCUUUUCCGCCGUCCGGUCGUCUUCCGCUGUAGAGGCUUGA